CAUCCAGUUUCAAGUGCACAAGUUUAUUAAUAAGGAGUGAAAAGUGUUCCUAUUAUUAGCCUUUAUCAAAGGAAUAAGUUUCAGAUACCAAAAUGGAGACAGGAGCAAAUCUCGAUAUCGAAAAAAUUCUCGAAUUCAUCCGAAAACAAGAUAGCAGCGAGAAAUAUGAAGGGGUCAAAAAAGUUGUCCUCUUACUGGGCUGCACAGGCAAUGGUAAAAGCACUUUGACCCAGCUUCUUACUGGGAAUCGGAAUUUGCGUUGCGUAGGGAGUAUGGGACAGUAUGUUAUUGAAGAUGAGAACGGUCGCAUUGGAAGCGCUGGCACAACUAUUCUUUCGCAGACAACUUAUCCAGAAAAUCUUCCUUACCCAGGUUCGGACACGGAAACCUUCCUUUUAGACUGUCCUGGUUUUCGAGAUACGCGAAAUAGCUCGAUGGACGUCGCGUGCACAAUUUUCACCAAAAGGUCGUUGAAGAACUGCCUGGUGGCCAAAAUCGUACUGGUCAUCAGUUAUGAGGAAGUGAAACUCGGAGGGCAAAGGAACGCUUUUCUUGAGCUAGUGAAACAUGCCUCCGAAUUCGUCAAAGAUUUUGAGAAGUUUCGAAGUAGCAUCGCUUUGUUCGUUACGAAGGUCCCAAAUAUAGUAGAACCUGAAAGCCGAAACCGGGAAUAUGUGUCCGACGCUAAUAUGAAAAAGCACAUUUUUCAGUUUUUGGAAAGUGUGCGAGAAACGAUUUUGGCCCAAAUAGACAUUCCUGCUGAAAAACGAAGCCUAUAUACAAACACCAUGCUACUGACGAAUAUUUUGUUGCAAAGUAGUCCAGGCAACUCACGUAUAGGAAUACUCCGUUGUCCUGAUAGACAAGGGCUUCUUCACGAGGUCUCAACGAUCCGGCAAUCUAAAGCCGACUUAGAUGACAUCAUCGAGCGUGUCUUGGAGUUCACUCAGAUAAGUGAAGACGAUUUUGGAUACUCGAUCUCGUCCGACUCCAAGGUCUGCAUAACGGAGUCAGUUAAAGAGAUAACAAAUACAGUUACAGAACUUCUUAGCAAAAUAUUGGGGCAAAUUGUGGAUUGCUACCAAAUGUUUGAAAACAAAACUGAAGAUAUGGAAACGCUGUACCAGAACUUUAGCGAACAUUAUAAUGUUUGGAAACGGACUGCUGAAAAAUUGUCAUCUUUAGUAAUUACUAGAGAAGUUUUUAGAUGCGUUCUGCGUCAUGUUGAGUAUCUUUUUUCGACUGAGCUUCUGAAGGAGUUUAGCUGCGAUGAGACAACGACGGAACUCACACAGCAUAUCGCUGAGCUGAACGGUUACAUCGAAUUGUUGGAACUGCUCGAAACUGUUUCGAACCAAAACUACCAAAUAGCAACUUCGAAACUGCAAACGAUAUUCGAAAAGGCAAGUAAUGCUGUACGAUCUUCGAACAUUUGGUAUCAAGCAUUUCCAAAGUUCUAUAAACAACUUACAAGCUAUGAUGUUCAACAAAGGAAGAGUUCUUCUCCGGCACUAAAUUUUAUGGAUGCGUUGGAAAAGUGGAUACAGGGCAACACACCAAUAUCCGCUGAGGAUUUCACUGAGGAAUUUAAUGCAGUUUAUGAAGGAGGACUUGGUGUCCAAUUGGAUUUUGAAAUUAGCGUCAUCAAGCUAAAGCGUUUCCAUCGGUUGUGCAAGUAUGCUUUCGUUGAGAGCACAACCUAUGCCAGCGGAGAAUUCUUGAAGUCAGUAGGAAAUAUUGUUUUACUAAGCUCAGUGCCAAUACUUGGCAACGAGGGUGUUACGGAUGUGGAGAUAUUUGCAGGGAACAAAGUUUUUAUCGAUUGUGAUUUGGACGCUGUUGGGAAACGACUUCAGAUAUUCAUAGCAGCGCCUGAGUGGGAAGUUGUUGGUGAUCAUCGUCAAUUAAUUUUGGACGGAGCUGAGGGAUACCCUCACCGAUAUCCUGUGGAAGAUGGUGAUGACUCAGGAAGCAACGGAAAAAACGGGAACCCGGGACAGCCAGGCGAGUGCGGUGGCAACUUUUUCGGAAUUGGGGAUAAAAUGUGUAACGGAAAAAAUUUGGUAGUAAGCGCGUCUGGAGGGAAAGGAGGAGUAGGCCAGGAUGGAGGGAAUGGACGACCUGGGCUUAGCGGUAGAGAUGCUGAGACGCCUGGAGAUCAAGAUAAAUGGUUCUGGGAGAGUUUUUCGCAAAUGAAAAAAGGCCUCUUUAAAGGUACACGAAAAAAUGGAACUGAACUUGGUUUUUUUUGUUUGCGGAAUUUUGAACGCAACGCCUACACCUUUCCCGGAGAAGACGGACAGGAAGGUGGGAAUGGCGGUGAUGGUGGAUGCGGCGGUAUCGGAGGGUUCCCUGGCGAUGUAUCAUUUCUUGGAUUCAAAGAUGAUGGAUUGCCGCUUGUAGUAGAAAAAUGUGGCGAUUGUGGCGAAGAUGGAAAAGGAGGUAAAGCCGGUGUAGGUGGAAAUCACGGCAAAUCUCUCGAGGCGAUCGUUGAGAAAAAUGAACCACUUCUUGAUCUUAAUCUAAGAAAGAAGUUAAUUUUUGAGAAUAUAGUUGAUGUACAUAGAGGAUAUGCGAGUGAUGGACAGAAUGGGAACGAUGGUUUUAGUAAACUCCCGUUGUGUCGUCCAAAAUAUAACAAAAACAAAAAUUUCCCUGCAGCCGUUCUAGAUUAUAAGCUAUGGUUUACAGAAAAUGCUAAGACUAAUCCAAUUCAAAGUAAUUUUGAAAGUUUCAUUUGCCGUCUUGAAAAAGUAUCGAAAAUUACCGAUUUUGGCAGUAUCGAAGCUCUCGCCGCAGAACUAGCGCGAAUUGAACUGAAAAUAGUUCGAAGUGCUUCAGAUAUUGAAUGUAAGGACGAAUAUACAUUGCUCUUGUAUUACAUCAAGUGCUUCUUCAAUAAUAUUAUAGAACUUACGUUUGAUGAUGCCGAAGCUAUCUGGUUCCUGUAUAUAAUCGCCUUGUUUAGACAAAAGUCAGAUUUCAGUAAAAUUACUAACUUGGUCGAAAAAGCACGGGCGAUCGCUGGAAUGGCACAGGAGUUAAUGUUUGCAGCUCAGUACAACGGAGAUGAAGCUGAAAUCAGUGAGAAACCAUACUCAGGCUUGAAAUUUGAGACGAAUGCUUUCUUCGAAGCCAUUUACGAGACAAGAAGAAACUACGAGAUGUUGGUACAGGAAGUUGAUCGAAUUGCCGGAGUUUCUAUACCUCCUUGUUCUGCCGCAUUUACUGAAAAGCAGAUAUCCAACUUUGUUUUGAUCUCGGAAAGCAAGCUGCCACCUAGACUAGAAUCAGAUGAGAUUUUUGAAGAGCUAAUUCCAGAUGAGGAAAUUGAAAACAGAAAUAUUUUUGGACGAAUUUUAGGUAGUUUUUAAGAUAUACGAGCAAACUAUAUCUAAACACUUUGUACGAUAUGAUACAAUGCUACUUGCAAUAAAUUUAAUAAACGUC